AGCGUCACGCGACCCCCGCCAUCCCACCAAACAGCUAAACAAGCAAUACCCCUUUCGUCUUACGACUUCAAUCCACAGCCAAAAUGACUCGAGGAGAAGCCACCCAGUCCAAGAUCCACUACAAGGGAAAGCAGGACGACUUCCUUGUCUUUGUGGACGAUGUCGACACCUACAAGAAGUGGUUGAACGACAAGAGCACUCCUCUUGCUCACUUCAUCUCCGCCUUCCAGGUCUUUGUGACACACAGACAAGGUGCUCAGGGAACCUAUGACUCGGCAUCAAAGAUGGCCCUCUCGGCCGAGUUUGAUACCGACAACACCGAUGAUGUGAUUCAGAAGAUCCUGGAGAAGGGCACAUUGCAGAUCUCGGAGAUGCCUGAACGGCAAGGUCCCACCAACGAUUCCAUGAACUCGAUGAGGGCAAAAUAGGCGACUGCUAGGUAUCCUAGGUUUCGUGUUGAGCGAUCAUGCAGGCCCGGGCU